CUCAGCUGAGUCGGUGAAAGUCUUGAAGAGCCGCUUCAUGCCCUGUGCAGCAGCGGCGUGGCAUGCAUUUUGACAGUACACUGCCACCGGAGUUGACUGCAAGAGCACAACAAUCACACUGGGCAGAAGCAGUCAUCUUACACAAGGCAUGCUUUUGCGAUGCAGGUUUCUGCAGACAGCUCAUUGACCAUCCAAAUUUGAGAUUAUGAGACAGGCUCUGGACACUUGGACGGGUGCAUUUCAACAGCAUGCAGGAAAGCUGGUUUGCCGAUUGCCAAGAUGCUUUGAGAGAAUCAAUCGCCUAACUGGAGAGAUUAGGUUGAUGGCAUAUCAGGCGUUCAAUCAAGUUCGUUGAUUCACUUCUAGAAACCCAAGUUCAUCGACAUAGUCCAGCAAGGAAGCGUUUGGAAACCCUUAACCUCUUUUGAAGAAAACCCCUUUCAGCCCUAGAAGAUUUUGGCGGAACAAGUGAGCAGGAAAUGCUGUCCGCUUGAGAAAGGCCCCCAAGAUUUCCGUAUUCAGGGAGCGCAGGAUGGCUUCGACAAGGAGGGGUCCAACCAGCAGGGGGGUUGACAUGGGGCUUAAGGGGUUUCUUCCAAAUGCCCCUGAAGGACAAGGCCAGGCUAGAAGAAGCACCAUAGUAGAAAAGGCCCCUGCCGCGACCGCGUACGUCUGCAACCUGGGAAGACGGGGACCUGAAGACGCAACCCAAGCGCGGAAGCAGACCGCAUUGCGUCAGAAGGACUUGGCCAAGCGGCCGGCCUGGGGAAGCGGGCUGACGCCUGGAAAACAGAAGCAGAGCACGCCGCUCCGUGUUGCCCCCCCCAACCGCCACAACAAAACCACCCUGGCUGCCCACUCCCACUGGACGCCGGCUGCAGAAACCCCCGCAGAAGCAGCUCUCCCAACAAACCGCACUCUAUCAUUUGCGCCAGCGCCAGCAAUGGCGCAAGUUUCACAGCUUGGAGAGGCGUCCACAGUCCAGGGGCCCAUGACGAACGGGUCUGCCAGAGCUACACAGGGGGAAUUCGCAGCAUCGACGCUGCACCACGGCGGACAGGGACCGGCGGCGACCAAGGGCACCAAGAAGCAGGUGGGCGGUGCACCCGUCGUUGGAAGAGUGCAGACAGCACAGCUCGAUCCAAGCGAAGCCCUGGCCGCCUUUUUCGACCCCCCCUCCCCUCGGUCUCCCCUCGACUUCUCUAAGCCGCAGAGCUUUCUCAAUUCAGCCAUCGCCGACGCCUCGAAGGUCUCCGCCACUGCGCAGCAGACGGGUGCCCACUCAGAUGCUGACGACAAGCACCUCGCGCACCUCGAGGCGGCGCUCGCGCAGGCAAAAGCGAAGCGGGCCACGCUGCAGGCGGCGCUGGAAAAGACGGAGCGCGCGCUGGACAAGGAGCGCCGCGCGGGGGUCGCCCUGGAGGAAGGGUUCUCACGCGCGCUUCAAGGAAACGUGAAGACAGUGGAGGCAGCGGAAAAGGAGGCGCAAGAGGCGCGGCGCUCCCUGGCCGCGCGGACUAGGCAGUUCCAGGAGGCACAAGCUGCAACAGCCGAAGAGAGCAAACAGCGGGUGGACGCGGAGGCAAGUGCGCGGGCGGCAUGUGAGGCGCUAGAGAGGGCGCGCGCGGAACUCAGCAUCGCGGCGGCUGAUAAGGAGGAGGCGCAGACGCGCGCGCGGACAGAGGCGCUCAAGCGCCAGCAGGCGGAGGCACAGAUGGAGUCCCUGGUCCGCGAGUGCGCGGUGUUGCGCGCAUCGCUGGCGGAAGUGCAGGAAGGGCGGAUUGCGGCGGCAGAGGAAGCGGAGGAGGUGCGCACGCGCGGCCGCGAGGAUGCCGACGCGGCGCUGCACGCGGCCGUUGAGACCGUUGCGCGGCAGGAAGGAGAGCUGGCCCGCGCGCGGAGCGACGCGGCGGCCGCGGCACGCGACCUGGAGGUGGUGGCGGCCAAGGCGCAAGCGCUUGCCACACAGCUCGAGCAAGCCCAAGUUGCAAGCCGUCAGUCCCUCGCCGACGCCGCCGCAACUGCGUUGAAGGAGCGCGCAUCGGCUCGCGCGCUCGUCGCCGCGGCAGAGGCGCGGCUGGCCGCAGUCGACAAGAAGGCGGCCGCCGCCGAGCAGAAGGCGGCCGAGGCGCGCGCUCUCGCGGACAGCGAAAGAGCACGUGCGGAGGCUGUGGAGGAGCAGCUCAAUGCGGACCGCGCUCAGCGGAAGGCCGCCGAGUUGGCCGCGGAGUCGAAGAUGCGCGCGGCAGAUGCGCGCGCCGAGGACGCAAAAUUGAAGCUGGAGGAGGCCCUGAAGCAGCUCGCGCACAAGGCGACCUUAAAUGUCGAGUCCCUGGCCGCGAGCACCGCCCGCAUCGUCGAACUGGAGGCGGAGCUGCGCCGGGCACAAGCGGCCCACGUGGCGCUCGAGACCGAGCACGAGACGGCUGCAGCGCGCGUGGCACACCUGCAGGAGGUGAACGUGGACCUCGAGGCGGAGAUUUCGGAAAAGAGCGCCGAAUUUGAGGGGCUGGUGGCGGAGAUGAGCCAGCUGACGGAUGAGAGUCUGGCGGAGGAGCGCCAACUGAAGGAAGAAGCGGCGCGCGCGCGGGCGGAGCGGGAGAGGGACGUACAAGCGGCGCAGGCGGAGAUCGCCAAACUCAAGCGCGCGCUGGCGACGGCUCAAGCGGCGCUCAAGAAGGCCUCGUCCCGCUCCGCCAAGUCGACGGAAGAGCUGGAGCACGAGAACUCGAAGCUGAAGGAGGAGAAUUCGAAGCUGCAAGCGGCGGCUGACGUGGCGGCGACUGCGGAGGCGGCGGAUCGGCGCGCGUUUAAGGCGCACUUGGAGACCGAGCGCGAGCACCGGGAGACGCUGAUCGAGCAGCUGCGCGUCAAGAACGAAGAAGUGGACAGACUGGAAGCGGAGGUUCUGUUUCUGAAGCAGCACCAGAACGAAACCGCUAACUACCGAGAGGCGAGUUACAAGACACACCCGCUAUUCUUCCUUGCGCGCCUACACUUUGUGCACGAGCUGGGGGGAAAGAUGAAUGAAGCCCGGCACAGACUGUCGCAAUUGCUCGUCUCCAUUGAAGACCCCGGGUCCUCGACCGCCUUUCCCUUGGAGCUCGUCCAGAACGAGCUCGCGCGCCUGCGCGCCAUGUUGGAUGCGGAGCAGAGCGCGGACACGGCCGGCCCCAGCUCCUCCACAACUUCGCAAGCGCCGCCGAUUGGCCCGUUUGGUCAAAUGGGGAUUGAUGACAGCAACCCAACCGGGUGGGGGGAGCCGGAUCCCGACGUGGGGCCAUCGGAAACGGAGCCCGACGCCGUGGACGCUUCUUGAAAACGUUUCCGUAUGUAAGGAAGGCCGUGUGAGACUUUUGUUCAGGUCAGUCCGUAGUGAUGAAGGGGAGGUACUAAAAUUUAUACAUGGAAUUUUGCUACUGACUUGCCGUGUUGAACAAAAACAAUCUGGCAGGUUCACGGACUUCUAAUAGAAUGAUAAGAGAUCUGAGAAGAAGCGGCAGGCGGCAGUUGCUCUUUAGUGGAUCAAACCGGGUUUUAAGAGUUUUCAAGAGUUGUUCCCCUAGCUCUGUUGAUCCCGCAGCAGGAGAGGAGCUAGUCACAAGCGGCGGCAGUUUCUAGAAAGUUGUGAGAUCAGUCCGCGAAGGCAGACAGCGGGUUCCAAGAGUCAGAGCCACUUCCGUUAUUCAUACUCGAGUAUCAAAUCUUUGGUAGGGUUGAAACAUGGUGUACCGGAAGCCAGCCUGUGGCGUUAGGGUCUAAAGCAGCGCAAAAACCCUCCAAAGCUCUGUGAACCGUCACCAUAAGCUGUCAACCGCAAGCCCACGUAGGCCCGUCUAGCCUUCGGAAGCGUGUGAAAAAAAAGGGCUUUACCAGCUGGCGGUGACGUAUUUGAGAUUAGCACGUAACCACAGAUUCUUAUCUGGACUUCUGAUCAUACGGGUAUUUGGAGAUCACAGAAGUAUGGUUCCGGAGCUCACAGACGGUAACGAUGAGAUCAGAUUAGAAAACAUGCCCAAGAGCAUGAUCGGGCCGUGUUUACUUCUAAAAUGGUCAGAUUGUGGCUUGGCUCUCUGUAGGCUAGUGAUUUGAUCAAUCUGCUCCGGUCAUUUGCAACGUCGUACUACAUUUUGCCAGUCA